GUGGCGACGUGAGGUGAGGCAAGGCAAGGAAAAUAAGUGGACAUAAAGCAAUGAUUUCAAAGGAUUAAAAAGAAACGUAAAAUUAUUUGCAUUCCCUAUGCACAGUUUUUUUUCUGCGGAGGAUAGGAAAUGUGUCAAUUUUACGCGAGAAGAAGCAUUUGAUGAGGUAUCUAACCUCAGGAUUCUGACAAGUGCUGGACAGUAAACAGGGCCAGGAGUACAAUAACUUCCAGGGUUCUGCGUCUGCCUCUGAGAGGAGGGUUGAAUUGACAACUGACGGAACAUUCGCUUCUAUAAUUGUCCCCAAACCCGGAGUCAAGACGUUGUUCCGCGUAGAACCGGGUUGCCCCAGUCCGAGCAGCGGUGCCCGCGUGGGAAGGUCUGCACUCGGUCUCCUCCAGGGCAGCAACAUGAUGGUCCACUGUGCCGGGUGCGAGCGGCCCAUCCUAGACCGGUUCCUACUGAACGUACUGGACAGAGCGUGGCAUGCUAAGUGCGUCCAGUGCUGUGAGUGCAACUGUAAUCUGACCGAGAAGUGCUUCUCCAGGGAUGGCAAACUAUACUGCAAAAUUGACUUUUUCAGGCGGUUUGGCACAAAAUGCGCUGGCUGCCUUCAAGGAAUCUCACCUAGCGACCUCGUGCGCAAAGCGCGCAGCAAAGUGUUCCAUCUCAACUGUUUCACAUGUAUGGUGUGCAACAAACAGCUAUCCACGGGCGAGGAACUGUACGUCAUAGACGAAAACAAAUUUGUGUGCAAAGAAGAUUACCUGACUUCAGGUGCUAUAAAGGAAGUCAACUUGAAUUCAGUGUCAUCGUGUACCGACAGAAGUUUAUCACCGGAUCUUCAGGACCCGAUACAGGACGACACAAAAGAGACAGACAAUUCUACGUCAUCCGAUAAGGAAACGAACAAUAAUGAGAACGAGGAGCAGAAUUCGGGUACCAAAAGACGAGGGCCACGCACCACUAUCAAAGCCAAGCAACUGGAAACCUUAAAAGCGGCUUUUGUGGCAACGCCGAAACCCACCCGACACAUUCGUGAACAGCUGGCCCAGGAAACUGGAUUAAACAUGCGAGUUAUUCAGGUGUGGUUCCAGAACCGGAGGUCCAAAGAGCGUCGUAUGAAACAGCUGAGUGCCCUGGGGGCCAGGAGGCAUGCCUUCUUCAGAGGCCCCCGCAGGAUGAGGCCCCUCGGGGGCCGCCUGGAGGACCCUGACAUCCUGGGGCCCGGGGCCUACGGCUACUACGGAGAGUACCAGGGCGACUAUUACGGACCAGGGAGCACCUACGACUUCUUCCCCCACGGACCUCCCUCCUCGCAGGCUCAGUCCCCGGCAGAGUCCCCUUACAUCCUGGGCUCCGGCCCCGGAGGCAUGGAGGGCUCCGUGGCGGCCCACCACCCAGACGACCAAAGGUUCACGGACAUGAUCUCCCACGCAGACACCCCCAGCCCCGAGCCGGGCUUACCCAGCUCCAUGCAGCCCCUCCCAGGGGAGACGUACGGCGGGGGGCCCAGUCCUCCCUUCUCCCUGGCCAGCAACUCCAGUUACAGCGCUCCCAUGUCUCACCCCGGGCAGGAGAUGGGGGAGACCACUGUGUGGUAGAGCUGGGGGGCGGGUGGUACCACCACAGGCCUCUGCUCCAGUCCUACUCCAUACGUUCAGGAGAAGAAUUGAGAAUUCAGGUUGCGGAUUG